GACCCACACACACACACACACACUUUCUGAAUCAGGAGCAGCGCUGAGGUUGUGAGCAGCCCUUGCUAGUGUAGAUUCUGCUGUACUGACCCGACUGAGGAGUGCUGCAGCUGGAGGUCUGCUCUGGACUGGUCAGUGUGUUUCUGACGGGGUCACCGCUGUGUUUGGCGUGUGUUUGGCGUGUGUUUGGCGUGUGUUUGGCGUGUGUUGAGUGCUGUGAGUGUGUUCAGCGCUGUUAGAGUGUGUUAUUGUGAAAUGAACAGAAAGAGGAACUGAGCAUCAGGAAUAACAGCAGCGCUUCACUGAGGGAACAUGGAGGAAGCGUCUGCUGAUCUGUCAUCAUGUCUGAGUUAUUGAUCACCUCCGUCAUGUUGAUCCAUCCACUGAUCAGGGGUCAGUGCUGAUCUGAGAACAGCUGGAUGAAGAUGAGCGUAGAUCAUUUACUGUCAACACCAGUGAAGACAGACGCAGAUGAGCAGUGAUGAUGGAGAAGCGCUGCUGAUGGAGGAGCAGCAUCCACCCCGCUCUUCUCCAGCAUCUCCAUCUGUCCUCCAGCCGGAUCCCCCAGCACACGCGUGUUCAACACCGCCAGAUCAUGCAGAACCCAGAGCUCAGGACACACAGGAGCCGGGGGCCACAGGGGCCGAGACCGACAGCAGACGCAGCAGCAGCAGCAGCAGCAGCAGCAGCCGGAGUCCUCACUGCACAACCACAGACAGCAGACGGGGCUCCAGCUCCGCAUCUCUGCCUGCACACAUCCCCGUCAUCAGCCUGGCGCACAGUAAACCACCGCUGCCCCCGCUGCCCCUGCUGGCGGCUCUGCACCCCGCACCCCCUCCCCCGCACGGCCCCGCGGAGCUCCGGCUGGCGCAGCUCUCCUGUCUGACGGGCUCCAGCCCUGCCGCGGCGCUCCUGCCUCCAGCAUUCCUGCAGACGCACCCCUUCAUCAGCAGCUCUUUCCUCAUGCCGCCGGCAGGAUUCGGGAUCUUCAGUAACGCUCGUAUGAAGAGACGUCCGUCCACACACUUCGAGGUGGAGAUCAGAUCAGACGGUCCUCCUCAGAAGCUGGCUCGGCGUGUCUUCACCAACAGCCGCGAGCGCUGGCGGCAGCAGAACGUGAACGGCGCUUUCUCUGAGCUGCGCAAACUGAUCCCGACGCACCCGCCGGACCGAAAGCUGAGCAAGAACGAGAUCCUGCGGCUCGCCAUGAAGUACAUCGACUUCCUGGAGCAGCUGCUGAACGACCAGAGCCAGCCGGAGGAGACGGGUCAGCGCGCACAUGCACACACACCCUCCACACACUCGCUGCUGCUGCUGACCGCAUCCUCUGGAUCCAGCUGCUAUGGGGACACUGACAGCGAGGAGAGCACGGGCCCUCGGGCCUGCAGCACGGACCCCAAACACAGCAGGGAGCCCAUACUGGCACUCACAGUGAGCGGGGGCCAGCGGUGACACACACACACACAGACUGACCACGUGUGCGGGAGUUUACUGAUGUCUGCGUUUACACUGCAUGCUUCAGGUGACCCGUGCGGCACAGACAGCACACGGCCCACACACACACAUGAAUAUUCACAAACUCAAUGCGAGUAAACCAGGG